AAACAGAGAGAGUAGGAGUUACAAUAGAACUAGUUGUAAUUAGUAGUAGUAGUAAAUUAAAGUAUAUGGAACCGCCUUGUUUCACUACCAGGUAACUGAAACAGAGAGAGUAGGAGUUACAAUAGAACUAGUUGUAAUUAGUAGUAGUAGUAAAUUAAAGUGUAUGGAACCGCCUUGUUUCACUACCAGUUACACCUCCAGAUGGCGCUAGAGCAGCAUCCAAACUGCAUGAACCUGCUGCUCCCCUUAUGGACAUUUCAACCCACCCCCUCAACAGACGUCCAUUCUGCCCCCACCUCAAUGAAGCUGGUAGCCGCUUCUGAGAGGGAACAGAAGUCAGCAGGGGCAAAGAGGGCCAAACUCCCAGCACCUCUUCUGGAAUGUUGACCCGGUCUGGAGAGAAGCGUCGCCAUAUGGAAAGGAAGGAGGCUAAGGCACUUCACAUAAGGAGAUCUUCCAUGUUAGCUGUUCUAGACCUGCUGCUGACCACUCUGCAGGAGCUCACUGAAGAACAGCUGAAGAUAUUUCAGUCUCACCUGACUAUUGGCAGGAUGUUAGGCUUUCCUCCCAUCCCAGAGAGUCAGCUGGAGAACACUGACAGACAGGACACAGUGGAUCAGAUGGUGGAGAGAUACGGCCCAGAGGGAGCUGUGGAGAUCACAGUGGAGAUCCUGAGGGAGAUGAAUCAGCAUGAUCUCGCUAAGAAGUUACAAAGAGAUCACAGAGGAAAGAAAUGGAAAAAAACCUCACCAACAGAUGUCCCCUCUACAGUUUCAGCUGUUUCCCCUGCAGACCCUCCUGCCAACCCCUCUGCCCCUCCUGGUAGAGCCUUCAUCAGAAGACACAGGAUUGCUCUAGAAACUCGCCUGGGACUCUUACAGCCCAUAUUCCUGCGUCUCCAGAAUCGUGGGGUUCUGAUUGACGAGGAGAGGGAGGAGGUGGACAGCAAAUCCACCAAGACCCUACAGAACCAAGCCCUGCUGGACAUGGUGGUAAAGAAGGGGUUUCGUGCCCAGGAACACUUCUACCAGGUCCUGAAGGAAGUAGAUCCCUGCCUGGUCGAAGACCUGGAAGAGCAGGCAGUCUGAGAGGGAACCAUGGAUACAACAGCAUCAGGAUAAUAAUAUCACAAUACUAAUACAUGCUCUGAAAGAGACAGACAGACUGAGAGGUAACCAUGGAUACAACCUCAGAAGAUAUCAAAACAUUUAUCAGAAACAGAGAGCAGCACUUCGAGGAGCUACUGUCUACCAGACAACCUACCUGUGUUACUCUGGUACACUGGCUACAGACUACAAGAUCAGGGCUACUGUCUACCAGACAACCUACCUGUGUUACUCUGGUACACUGGCAACAGACUAUAAGAUCAGGGCUACUGUCUACCAGACAACCUACCUGUGUUACUCUGGUACACUGGCUACAGACUAUAAGAUCAGGGCUACUGUCUACCAGACAACCUACCUGUGUUACUCUGGUACACUGGCUACAGACUGCAAGAUCAGGGCUACUGUCUACCAGACAACCUACCUGUGUUACUCUGGUACACUGGCUACAGACUACAAGAUCAGGGCUACUGUCUACCAGACAACCUACCUGUGUUACUCUGGUACACUGGCUACAGACUACAAGAUCAGGGCUACUGUCUACCAGACAACCUACCUGUGUUACUCUGGUACACUGGCUACAGACUACAAGAUCAGGGCUACUGUC